AUGCAAAACGAGUCGUCCAACAUUGACCACGAAAUCCACCCUGUCGUGAAUGAGUCUUGCCAAGGAUGUCGCAAGCGAAAAUUGAAAUGUUCACGUGAUGUUCCCAUAUGUCUGCAUUGUCAGCGAUUAGGUGCGCUGUGUGUUUACGAUGGCAAGAAGAAUAAACCAGGGCUUAAAACAGGCGCUGUCGAAAGUCUUAACCGGAGGAUAGAAGUCCUCGAAGAUAUUGUCCUACGCAACGCAUCGGGAGCGUACGGCCCCGGACCUACGGGAGCUCAGGAUACCACUCCAAGCCAGAUUGUACCCUCGGAGAUCGUUAGCACUCUGGCUUCAUUAUGUGCGGAGCUUUGCAACAUGAACUCAAGAGCUGCACUGGCCAAUGCAUCGUCAGCGUCGCCGAUUCCCCCCAACUUGUUGCCUCCACCAUCACCAAGCACCCUGUCUUCCUCCAGCUACAACCAAGAGUCAAGGGACCGUGCGCGAAAGAGGCGACGCGUUGAUAGCUGCGGAAACCCCAAUAUCCGCUUAGAGCAUCCGCUCGAAGACAUAACGGAUUCCUUCGCAGCACUUCCUCCUCCACAACUAGUGGAACACGUUGUUGAUGCGUACUUCACCACAUUUCAGCCAUGGAUCCCCAUUAUUCACGAAACGCAUUUCAGGAGACGCCUCCAGGACCGACAGAAAGCUACCAGAUUGGUUAUUAUUCUACAUGCCAUGAUCGUUGCAGCCAUGCGCUUUGUGGAUCCUAAUGUCCUAAUAAUGCCUCGGAAUGAGAUUGAAGCAUGGGUUCGACGAUCUCGAAACGUUGUCGUGGUUGAAGGAAUGGAACUCUUGUCGUUAGAAAGCCUUCAGGCUUUAAUUAUUAUAGCUUUUAACGAUAUAGGUAAUGGCGACGAGGCGAAAGCUUGGUCAGUAAUAGGCUCAUUGACAAGGACUGUGGAGUACCUUCAACUUAGUGUCGAGAAUGAUCAAACCGAGGAGCAGCCUGUUUUCAAACCCCGUGUAUCUCUUGCGCCUGCUGCGGGGUGGGUAGAAGAAGAGGAGCGAAGGCGAGUAUUCUGGAAUAUCUUCAAUCUCGACAGAUUCUGUUCCGUUCUUACCGGGUGGAACACGAGCUUGACAGCAGAAGAUGUACAUAGAAGGUUGCCUGCUGACGGUGGGUACUGGCAUAAUUCUGAACCAGUCGUCACACCAUUCUUUGGUAUUUGGACGCGUUUUGAGGCCAAGAUGGGCAACUCUGUUGCCUUCUUGCCUGCUCAUUAUACUAGUCCUGGGCAAAACAUGGAGGCUGUAGCACACGGAGAGUCACCCAUAUCUAAUCCUCACACAGCCAGAGCCUCCAUUCAGGUGGACAUGUCCACUGUCGGUGCUUUCGCAUAUUGUAUCGAGGCCACAGAGUCGUUGAGCCAAGUCACUUCUUACUUUCUUCAACAAAAGGUCAACUUCAGUGACAGAAGGCAAGUUAGCAUAUGGCUAACAAGAUUCAAGGAGCUUGAUCUUCGCUUAGUACACUGGAAGAUGUUCCUGCCAGAGAAAUGGAAAGACUCCAAUAUAUCGCGUCAGCCAACCAUCGUCAACAUGGACCCUAACUUAACGCUAGCUCAUCUCAGCCAUAAUACUUCAAUGAUUCUUCUGCAUCAGCGCAUCGCAUAUCCGCAAUCUGAGUGGAAGAACCUGGUCAAGUUGCCAAGUGCCUGCAGCGCGGAGACCUGCCAGAAUGCCGCUAUCGAAACGCAAAACAUUGCGGACAAAUAUCUCAGACAUAGCAAUGGCCCUGUGAACAACCAGUUCACAUUCUGCGUAUUUGUCGCUGCGAUCGUGUUGCUUGUGCACUGGCGAUAUUACGAGAGUGAACUCAUCCAUGAGUUCUGGCAACUAAUCGAUUGUUUAGAUGAGAUGGCGAAAAGAUGGGUACAGAGAUCUGCAAGUGAGGCUGACAGGCGAUCCUCACUCGCUGGGUCAUUCGCAGAACAUUUGAGAGAGCUACACCAAAGGUGUACUGUCGAACCUGAACUACACAUCGACCUUUUGAGUUACUCUUCUGGGUUCAACCGGAAAGCUUGCAGUGUUUCGUCUGGGAAUAACGACGAUCAAACAUCCAUGACACAUCAUUAUCAGACAGCAUCGACAUCACUGCCGAACCAUAUGCCCAAUAUGCAGCGUGAGGGAAAUAGUCAGCCUUGGCAUGGGAAUGUGUAUACGCCCAGAGAGGACACAGUACAGCAAAAUGAAGAUGCGACCCACGACAUGGGUUUCUUCUCCCAUGGAUUGGCCCACGGCGCUGUUGGUGACUCAGGGGAGUCACAAAUGUCAUUGCCGCAAGCACCUAAAGGGAACAUGCUGUCGGACGAGCUAUCCAAUAUUUCUUAUAUGCUUCUCGACCGAAGCUUUAUGGACCUUGACCGAAUCAUAACACUCGAGAAUAUGACAUUUAGUGCACCGAUGGCAUCGUCCACUAAUAUGGGCAUGACGGUAGAUGAAUCAAUUAUGGGCAAUGGAAUUUGA